AGGCAGCUUCUGACAGUGAACCGCUCCCCCAUCAGUCAACAGAAGACAUUACCGGACAGCUCGGUGUAAAUACAAUAGUAACGCUUACUAUUCACGGGAGACACUUUUACAACUUGAACCGAUUAGUAGGUUCCCACCCGCACUAGUCCAACGUUAUCGUUGGUGAUGAUGGCAUACUGAGUAAACACUGUUGCUUCGAGUUUUAGCACAACGUUAAGUUACCUUACGUUGGCGUUAGAUAGCUAGCUAGCUAUAGCGCUAGGUGUCUAGCAAGCAAAAGCUAGGUAAGUUUAACCUCAGUGUUUACGGCGCGUCGAGUAGCCAGUUGCUCUAGUCUGUCACGUUAUCUACACAAAGCCAGGUGGUCGGGUACUUGGUAAAGAUGGGUGACAUAAACCCAUCGACAUCCAAUGCAUUUCAGUCAGAGGGUUUCAGUCCGCCAUACCGGAGGAGGACAGUAGAGGAUUUUAACAAGUUUUGCACUUUCGUCUUGGCCUAUGCCGGUUACAUCCCAUAUCCCCAAGAGGACUCUCCACUGCGCAGUAGUUCCAGUCCUCCCAACAGUACAGGCAGCACCGCUGACAGUGAUGGCUGGACUUCGGGACCCCCAACCUCUUGCCCGCAGCGCCCUCCAGGACAGGACAGGAGCAGGAAACGUCCACAGCCAGGAGCCACGCUGUCCAGUCACGCGAAAGAUUACACAAUCACCAACCUGCACCCAGAUGACCGCAGGAAAGGUGACAAGCUGAAGAAGAAGAAAAGGAGAAAGGAGAGGGAGCAUUCGGUUGGUGAGGAAAGCCGGGUUCAGCAGGCCCACUCAACGGUCCCAGAGCUGCAGCACCCCAUCUCCUUUGGUGGCCGAACGAUCAAAGAAGAGCCUGAGGAUGAUUUCUGCAUUCCCCUCCACCCCCAGCACCUGCCUAACCCAGCCCCCUGCAAGGAGGAGCCCAAGGAGGAGCGUCGGAACUGGGAUGGUCAAGACCUUGAAGAAGGGAUGGUAAAGGUACAGAAGGUGGAGGGCCUUUCAGGAAACAGAACAGUGUUCCGCCAGGGGAAACAGGUGGUGUUCAGAGACGAAGAUGGAUCAGGCGAGGAUGAGGACAUCAUGGUAGACUCCGAUGACGACUCGUGGGACCUGGUGACGUGUUUCUGCAUGAAGCCUUUUGCGGGCCGGGCCAUGAUCGAGUGUAACCAGUGUAACACCUGGAUCCAUCUGUCGUGUGCUAAGAUCCGCAAGAGCCACGUGCCAGAGACAUAUGUGUGCCAGAGCUGCCGAGAGUCCCGCGGAACCGCAGAUGCCCGUCGCUCCCACCGCUCACGCAUAGGCCCACGCAAGCAUCUGCUUGACUGACUCCAGGCCGAACCCUGAACUCUGACCCCCUUUCCACUCCUGCUUCCCCUCCACCUGCUGGACUGUCCCUUCCUCCAAUUCAGGUCUUGCAUCCUUCGGUCUCUGUCCUUCAUGGUCAGCCAUGAACCCACAUUUUCUAAAAAAAAUAAAUAAAUAAAACACUUUGAUGGACCUAUCCCAAGCCCUUAUCCCAUUUGGAAACAGUUUGAGUGCUAUUUUAAAUUUACUAAGGUUUGUUCCUGCUUCCCUACAGACCCUGUGCGUAAGGCAAUCACUGAAUGGAUGUCUGUUUGUAGAUGACAUUAGCAUAGCAGCAAACCUAUACCGUUGUGACUUGGUGUCUCCUGAACACUGGAAACCUUUGAACUGCCAUAUAGAGAGAAUACCCUCACAACUGCCACCCACUAUGGUGCAUGCUGGGAUUUGUGGGAAAGACGGUUAGCACUUUUCUCACUUUUUUUUUUUUUUUUUCUUUCUUCAAAAGAAUCCACAUGACUGUUCUGUCAUAGAGGCAGGUAUGUGUUUUCUGAUUAAACUGGAUUUGAUUUCUUUUACCGUUUUUAAAAAUGAGAAAACAAGUUAAGCCUUGCGUUAAUUGCUUCAGAUGGUGCUAUAGUAUUAAGCUGAGGUAUAAUCCAGUAGAACAAAGAUGUAGGACAAUAGACAAGAGACUGCAUCUGCUUCAUGUGUUUGUUCUGUUUAGUUAUUUAAGACAUUGUGAAAGAAUAUCAUUGAGGCUUGAAGCCCGUACAACUGAACCAAGCGCUUGUUCCUCUCCCUUCUACUUCACAAACGGUCUUCCAGCCUUGGCUACUCCUCUAAAUCAAGACGUUACUUGGCCACACGCAAAGCUUUCAUACUAUUAGCUUUUCAAAAAUGUUGAAACGGUGUUCUUAUUUCACCAGAAUUUUCUUUCUGUUGAGUUUUCUUUCUUCGUAAUAAAUAACUAUUAUUUCACAGUUUGAAAAAGCCAGAUAAGACGAGAUUCAGAUGACAGUUUUCAGUAAAGGUGUUUUCUGUUGCCUCUGGUCAGUGUUUUUGCUGCAUUUUAUGACCGGAUUAAACAGAGGUAUUGUUAUUAAAUAUCUUAUUUGCCAAACAGUUAUUUAAAUUCACCUUUUGUUUUCAACCGUUCCAUGCUCAUGACAGUUUUCAGAGACAAGUAUAUUCACAGAAGGGAACUCAUAUGGCCGUCCUGUUAGGCCGUCCUGUUUAAGUAUCAAAAAGCUAGCUUUACUGGAAUAGUGUUGUUAGAAAGAUUCUGUCAAGAGUCCAUUUGAAAUUAUGCAUGCAAGUUUGUGUUUGUUUGAAUGGUUGAAACUGUGUGAGGGUGCAGGCAAAGCAUGUCCUGGUAUGGCUCAACUAAGCUUCAUGGUUUUUGGCCUUUUUGUAAGAUUGAGAAAAUGGAUAUCAGCAAAGCACCAUGGGCAGGGUCGGUUUGUUUUGUGUGUCUCUGAAAGGUCAGACCAGAAGAACAGAUCUCGGUCUCUUAUCACCUCUCACUAAUGUUUUCACAGCAGUAUUAGUUUACUUCCAUAUGCAGCGGGUUGUUUUGUAGGGAACGUUUUCCUCAAAACUUGCUGGAAAUUUGAUUUUAAGCAUUGGUAUUCAUGUGCCAUCUGCUGUUGUUUCUGAUUAUAUAAAAGCCAUACUGUUGUGACAGAUUUUAGACUCAGAACCUUUAUCUUAGUCAAGGAUGGGAUUUUACAAUGCAGAGAAUCAACGACUUGCCUAGGGAAUGACUAACACACACAAUGAAUGUUUGGUAUGCAAAGAAGAAAAAACUUUCUUAGAGUAUAAAGUGGUUAAGCUCAUCUCUGCACUUGUCUUCUGGUAUUUACAGAUGUUGGAUAACUAGUCCGUACCCAGCAAUUGCCAGAUCUGUGGUGUUUUUAGGAUGUUUCAAGACCUAAAAUCAUUUUCGGUUUCUCAGGACGUUCAUGUCUUGAGAACCUGAAGAGACUUCUUCAGGCACAAAUUUCUAAUUUUAAUCUGCGUCUUUAAAACAUCUGUAAUGUUAACAAUGCUCGUUUAUUCUGAUCUUGGAUAAUCCUAUCCCCUUAUUAAGAAAGCGUUUUCUGUACUGUGGUGCAAACUGUUUCUGUGAAACUAUUGUAAACUAUUGUAAAUAAAGAGUUACCAUUUUAA